AUGGCCAGCUACUUUCCGCCAAGUGGCAGCGCCAGCAAUGGUGCCAGGAGCCCGAUUGUGUCAUCCCCAUUAUCCCCGCCCCCUCAUCGCUCGACUGCCCUCACCAACCGGCUGACAACGGUACUGUCGGCAUCAUAUGCGGACUCGGACAUUCGGGACUCCCUCGAGACUCUGAGCUUAAGGGGGAUUCACAACUCCGCAGAAACACGUCGCCAGCUACGACUAGAUGUACAAAAAGAAGUCGUCGAUUGCAAUGCGGAGAUUGUCAAGGAUUUCGGCAAAGUCGCGGAGCAACUGAAACGGAUCGGAACAGUGGUCUCAACAUUGAACCAAACAUGCGAUGAUAUGCGCAAACGAAUCAACCUCGCAAAGCAGGAUACUACACCGGUGCUUGAGGAGGCCAGUGCCUUGAUGGCCCAAAAGAAAGAGACCGAGACCAAGCAGCAGCUGUUGGAGGCUUUUUCGAAACACUUCUUGAUUCCCGAGGAGGAUUUAUUGGUCCUGACAUCGGCUGAGGAGCCUGUCGACGAGCGGUUCUUUGACGUACUAGCUCGCGUGAAGCAAGUGCACCACGAUUGCGAGGUCUUGCUUGGCGGCGAAAAUCAGCGAUUGGGGCUGGAAGUGAUGGAACUAAGCACCAGAAACCUCAACUCAGCUUACCAGAAGCUCUAUCGGUGGAUCCAGAAGGAAUUCAGGUCCCUGAAUCUCGAGGAUCCUCAUAUCAGCAGUUCGAUCCGCCGUGCUCUACGGGUGCUAGCAGAACGCCCGAGUCUCUUCCACAGCUGCUUGGAUUUCUUUGCGGAUGCACGGGAAUAUGUGCUGUCUAAUGCGUUCCACUAUGCACUAACGGAUGCUGUCUCUGGUGCCAACGGGCCUGGUGCUGGGGAUCGCACCGUCAAACCAAUUGAGUUCUCAGCCCAUGACCCGCUCAGAUACAUCGGUGACAUGCUUGCGUGGGUGCAUUCAACAACAGUAUCGGAGCGAGAGGCUCUUGAGGCAUUGUUUGUUGAUGACGGCGACGAACUCGCCCGUGGAAUACAGGCCGGCCUGAGUAGCGAGCCUUGGUCACGCAUUGAUCAGGACCAAGAAGUUACCUUUGAUGGCCAAAAAGCUCUCAGUGACUUGGUAAACCGCGACCUUACUGGAGUGUCUCGGUCCCUGCGACAGAGAAUUGAGCUCGUCAUUCAGAGCCACGAAGACCCUGUUACUUGUUACAAGGUGGUGAACCUACUAUCCUUCUAUCGUACGACCUUCAUCAAACUGGUCGGCGCACAAUCUCACUUGGUGGAAUUGAUCCAAACCUUGGAAAAGUUCACUCUUAGCCAAUUUGAGACAUUGAUGCGCGAUCAGAUCAGCGCCUUGGCAGGCGACAACCUUGCCCUGGCUCCACCAGAUGACUUGUCACCCCCACAGUUCCUGUUAGACGCAUUAGAAGAUCUCGAAGUACUCAUGAAGACCCAUGAGACUUCCGUCGGACCAGAAGAUUCGUCCUCUGACGAGAAUAACGAGAACCCAUUCACUUCUGUGCUCCGAGCCGCCUUCGACCCAUUCCUGACACUGGCCCGGUCCUCAUCCGAUGAACUCAAGUCUACCACCGCACAGUCCAUCUACCGCACCAACAUCCUGCUUGCAGCCCGUGCAGCUGUGUCACCUUUCCCCUUCGCCAGCUCAACGCAUGUGCCACCUCUAUCUACAGCUCUGUCAACCCUACGCAACGAUCUUCUCGAUACCCAACACCGAUUCCUCCUCGAGACAUCUGGUCUCCAAACCCUCCUAGAUGCCUUGAAACCUUUCUCCAAGUCCGACAAGGACUCCGAGACCGGCGCAGACAAAACCGGGAAACCAGAUCACCAAAAGCCCCACCUAGCCGAUCUGGCCAGUCUCCCUGCAUUCCAACCCGAGUCCUUGAUCACAUCCAGCCAACAGCUCGACGACUUCCUCCCGUCUGCCCUAAUGGACGCAACCGAUAAUCUCAAGCGUGUGCAAAGCGUCUCUCUCAUCCAAAGCGUCACCGAGGACGCAGUUGAGGCAUUCUGCCAUGACUUUGAGUUUGUCGAGGGUAUGAUUAUUGCAGCGGAUGAGACGAGAGGAACUACAAGCGUGGCUAUUGGAACUGGAGACAGAUCCGAUGGCAAGACAGAAGCGAGCGACAAGGAUGAUCAAGAAGCCGAAGAUGAUGACGAACAAUGGAGUUUGAGAUCAUUGUUCCCCCGAACGACUGGGGAGAUUCGGGUAUUGUUGAGUUGA